CGUGACAAAAUCACAGUGUGCAAAUGUAGAGGGCACUGUCUUCGUGAAAAAGGACGGAAUUUCUGUCCGUGCAGAAGCAUCAAUAGCUUGUGUUCGAGCGCGUGUCAUGGCGAAGACUUUGGCUGUUGCAUGAACAACCAACUUGUUCAAGAAAGCGAUAGUGAUGAGAGUGACUCUGAGUUCACUAUAGAGGAAAGUGAGAAUGAGGGCGAGCAGCAGCUGCAGAUUGAAAAGAGAGGACGUGGUAGGGGAAGAGGUCGUCCAAGGGGGAGAGCAAGAGGUCAGGGAAGAGGGCAAGGUACUGCUUCACAAAGAUGUGGAAGGGGAGGUAGUGGAAGAGGUCGUGGAAGAGGUCGUGGAAGAGGUAGCGGGAGAGGGCGUUUGUUAGAAGAGCCAAAUAUUGCUGAAAAUCAAGCAGAUCAUGAGCAGCAUUUAGUGGAUCUAGUUGAGGCAAUGAAUAUAGACAACCUGAGAAGGCUUGCUCUUGAAUUGCUAAGAAGACAGCCAGCAGCAUUUGCUGACAUUGUUAAUGGUGAGCUUGUGAGCGGAAAUGAACCCCAACCACCAAACCCAGAACCUGAUAAUGAUGCUCCAGAUUGGUGCAAGUGUGGGUGCUGCAUUAUUAUGCCCACUCAAGAAGAGAACAAAUGCUGCACCCGAUCAAGACGUCCUUGUAUCUCAAGAACAAAUCUUUUCAGUCAACUAAUCCUUGAUGGGAAUGUUUUGGAGAUCUCAAUGCGAUACAGAGAAGAUGUUUUGGUGUUGAACAAUGUCAGGAACAAUGAAAACUUUCGCCAUGCUGCAUAUAGACAGCAUGUUCUAUGGCAACAUGGUAGAUUAGGAAGAGGAAAUGGGAGAGUAGUACCAAGCUGUUGUGUGGUUGCUAUUCGUAACUGUUAUCCUUCACCUAAUGGACAGUACAGGGAAUAUUUGCCUGCACGUGUUUAGAUAAUUUAGCACUUAAAGUAUAAAUGGUGCCCCCAAAAAGUAGACCAAAAUAAACCACAAUCGAUGUUUGUGGGCAUAAAUAUGUUUUUGGUCUGAUGUUAUAGCAGGCCCAAAAAAUAUUAAUGCUCAAGAACAUAAAGUAUAUUAUUAUAUUAUAUUAUAUUAUAUUUAUACAAUG